AUGGUGAGUACAACGGAUGCUCUACUGAGCAAGUAUGAUAAAGAAUUCAAGAAGGCUACAGAACAUCCAUUGACCAAAGAAUUGUGUCAAGGUACUUUGAAAGAUGCUACUUUGUAUGCUUAUUUGGCCCAAGAUUUGCAAUUUUUUGAACAAGGUUUGAGACUGCUUUGUAAACUGACCGCUUUGGCACCUACGGCCGAAAGCUUGAUAACUUUGGCAAAGAAAAUUGGAUUCUUUGCGAACUCAGAAAAUAAUUAUUUCCAAGAUGCAUUGGAACUAUUGGCACCCAGCGUGAAUGAAUCUAAACGCGAAUUGCUAAAGACUGAACUGGUCGGGCGUAUUAAGAAUUACGUCGAUUUCCAGGUUGAAAUGACUGACGAUAACAAAUACACUUACGCUGAGCUGGUGACUUAUUUGUGGUGUGCGGAAGAGGUUUACUGGAAAUGGGCACACGAUUCUCCCAGAGCUGCUCAUCUGCACUGGAAAUAUCAAACUUGGAUUGAUCUACAUGACGGUGAGCACUUCCAAGUCUGGUGUGAAUUUUUGAAAAAAGAGGUUGAUAGAUACACAGUGGAGGAAGUUGAAAAGUCUUUCGAAAGGACACUAAAGGCAGAAUUUGAAUUUUUCGAAGAAAGUUACAAUGCGUAA